UGCAGAUGCUUUUGUCGUGAGCACACAGGAGGAUGCUACCUUACAAACCUGGCAACUUGGGCUAUGCGGCUGGAUACAGCAGACAGUAUGGCGGGAAUGCGAGAGUGAUUUGGAAACGAAGGGCUUGGAAUAGCUCUGGACCACAUUGUGUGGAAGACACUGCAGCAACCAGUUGUCUCUGAAGAGCAAAGGACUAUUGCCUCUGAGUUUUGUGAGUUGGUUGAGGAGUACACAGGGCAAUGGCAGGUUCCUCUCCCUCAGCUGAAGGUGCUUCGGACCGCACUCUGCAGCUUCACCAAAGCCACUGCUGCCUUCCCUGAGGACUGUCAGCACGUCCACUAUGUUCUCAGCAGUAUGGCCUUGAGCUUUUUUGAACUGAUGCUGUUUUUCAGCAAAGAAGAAUUUGUAGAAGAGCCUUUAAAAGACAUCCUUGACUCCUUUCAGCAGUGCCACUGUCAGCUCCUGAGGCACAGGAACAGCUACCUUCAGCAUGUAAAGCUCAUCAUCAAAGCCGGAGGCCCGUGGGAAAACCCAGUGCUGCAAGGAAUCCUGAAGGAGGCCCACUUUCCACCACAACAGGUUGAGGACUACUUAAGCUCAGAGUUGGCAGUAUUCUUUGAGCUGCGGAUUCGCUACCUGCUGGCCUGUGAACGAAUGCAAGAGGCCAUGGCUCUGGCUAAAAGCUGCCUGGAAAAUCUCGAGGCUGGAAAGCAUCUGUAUUUCCAUCAGGCCUACCUGACCUGCCUCUACAAGGCCUCACUGCACGAGCACCUUCACAAGGAGAUGGCGGAGAUAGAUGGCCGCGAUGCAGUGGAGAUCAUCUGCAACACAGAGAGCAUGGAGAAAGACGAGCUCCUGUUGUCGCUGUGUAAAGCUUUCCUUACCCAGCAGCUACACAAUGGAGACAUGUAUUACAUCUGGGACCUGGUGUUCAUCUGGAGCAGGUUGCAUCUCCGGGCCCAUCCCUCCGGACAUGGCUUUCUGGCUGAAUGCUUGCAGUUAGCUUCUUCCGCUACUAACGUCAGAGCCAUCUUCCCCUUCAUCAAACUGGUCACAACAGAGCUGGGAGUGGAAAGCGUCCAGGUGUGUGUGGAGCUUUGUGCCAGGGCCCUGCGGCUGGCUGACAUGCAGGCUGACAGUGUGACCCGCUCUCUUGCCUGCAAGACCAUCGCCUUCCUGCUGCCUCACGACCUGGAGAUCUGUCGAGCGUGCGCCCUGCUGGUGUUCUGCCAGGAGCGCAGCCUGGAAGCUUACCGAACGGUCUGCCUGCUCUACAAUCAUCCCGACCAGGAGCCGCAUCCCCAAAACAGCCCGGUCCGGACCAGCGUGCGAUUCCAUAUCCUGCAGAUGCUCAAGGCGCGCCUGUGUUUCGACCCGGAGUUUUGGAACCUCCUGACCAUCAGGACUCAUUGCUUGGAGUUGAUAAGUGACAACGUCAUGAAGGCUGCUGUUCUCAGUGAGAUGAAGGAGGAAGAAGAGGAGGAAAACAGGGAAGAGUUGUUCAUAAAUAAGUGUAUAAACCAAUCAUGCAGUCCAGGUGUAAAUCCCUGUCGGUGCACUGAGGCCGCAGAGACUGCUGUUGUGAGCCGAGACCUCCCAGAGGUUCAGGCUGUGGCUGAAGAGACAGAAAAGUGUGUGGCCCCGUCAAAUAAUACUCUUCUGAAGAGGAGAAAAUGGAGAAAAAAGAUUGGAAGGAGAAGCCGAUCGUUGUCUGACGAUGAACCCGAAAUUGUAGAUGAUCCAGAGUUCAAAUACAAACUCAAACUCACCUCUUUAGGCAAUAAAACGAUGUAUUCACUAAGACGCAAUCAGGUUAAAACGGAAAAUUCAGCUUCUGUAAAAGUCCCUCUAAAACCCAAGAGGGAGUAUCUUGCUAGGUGUGUGAAGAGCCAAAUUCUGAAAAGGAAGGGUCGGAAGAAGCGAUGGUUGCAGGGUCUCCCGAGGCUGGAGCAGUUGCAGACCACGGUCAAAGUUAAGGAGAAGGUCAUAUACAAAGGGAAAAAGCGGCGGGCGGAAGCCCUACAGAAAGUGGAACUCUCAUACCCUGAUAAUGAAUUAUCCCGUAGAGAGGAAGAGUCUGGUUUUGAGGAGAUAACUGACACAGAAGACAAAGAGCCGGGCAUGCCUCACCUGGAGAAUGAACUCGAUCAAACGAGCAAACAGGAAGAGAAUCAAUUUGAACAGAUGGAUAACCUCCAGAGGCAAAAUGGACUUGAGAAACUUCCAGACUCGGACUGUAAAAGCGUUGUCGAGGAACACACCCAAAAGGAAUCUCAAACACAGCUUUGUCUUCCUGUUGAACCUCAAGCUGCUGCUCCGGCUGUUGAAGCUGAUCCUGAGCUCGAUGGUCCUCCCUUAUACUUAAUACAUUGUCCAAUAGAAGCGUUACACAGCUACUCUCUAAAAUCCAAAAAGCCUGAUGAGGAGAAACCCCCAGAAUCCUCGGCACCGGACAAGGUUAAUGGCAAUACAGAAGAGGAGCCAAAACCCACGGAGGAAACGGACACUGAGGUGAAAUCCAAGAGGCCUUGGAAGGACCGAAUGCUGCGUGCUCAACAAUAUGCCCACUUGAUGUACCACUGCAACUUGUGCCACAAGGACUAUAAAGGCUUGAAUGUCAUGAGGCAUGCUCUCUCGCACCUUAAGAGUAGGAAACUCAAAUGUAUACUCUGUGGAAAACGCUUUAAGCAGCUCCCCUUUGCCAAAAAGCAUGUCAUGGACCACAUUGAUGAAAUGUCCAAACAGAAGAAGCAAUGCACUGAGGACGCUCCUGCUGCUAAUGGUGUAGCAGAUCAUGUGGACAAUCAGCAUCAGGAUAAAAACACAACUUCCAUUUCCAAUGAGGAAGACUCCGACCCCUUUGUGGUGGGGAGGGAGAGAGUGGGAGAGGAGGAGAAUGGCUUCAGUGUGGACAUCACGUACCACCUGUGUCCCUCAGAGACCUGUGACAGAGUCUUCCUGAGGGUCAGCAGCACACUAACCAAGCACGCCAUCAAAUGCCAUAUCAGCGAAGAGAAGGUGCUGGAGAAGACCUUUGUGUGGGCCAAACACAAGUGCUCCAUAUGCCUCAGGCAGAUCCAGUUUGUGCAGCACUAUAAGGACCACAUGAAGCUCCACGACACCACGCUGCUGCACUUCUGCUACCAUCAGGGCUGUGAGCAGCGCUUCCCUUCACAGCAGGAACUAAAGGGCCACGUCAUCACCCAUAAGCCCUUCAGACCUCAAUGUCCAUUCUCAGACUGUGAGAAGCUGUUCUCAAGCAUUACAGGGCUCCAUGAGCACGAAUGGAGACACUACAUCCAGCGCCUCAGAAAGAUGAGCUGGGACCCCGGCAGACAGAUGCAGCAAAGUGCUGAAGCCCCCUGGAAGCAGAGGGUGAAAGUAGAGGAGCUGUGGCUGCAGAGUAAAAAGGGGAAGAGGAAGGAUGCCUCUAAUGUCGAGGGUUCCAGAGAAAUUCAAACUGAAGGUCAGCACUGUAAAACUAACUUCCCAGACGGCUAUCAGCCGGAUAACUGCCCAGAGAAAACAGAGAGCCGCACAUCACCGAGCACAAAACUUUCAAACCAGAAGACCCCGCCACUUCCGUCAAAAGCCCCCUUCAUCCGGCCGCCGCCCUCCACCUACCUGGAUGAAGCCCGGCUCUCCAUGCGCAAGAGGAGGGCCCCCAAAGAGGUCGCUCUGAAGAAGAACACCUACUGGAACAUUAAGAAAAAUAAGGAGGAGCAGCAGGGGGAGGAGGACGUGCAGAAGGUCAGGCAGCGCUGCGACAAAUGUCCUCUCCUCUUUCAGCAGCGUGGAGGAACUCCAGAAACACCAAGCCCUCAACACCUGCUCCGCACUCUUUGGCUUCGACUCAGACGAUGAAAGUUAGUAAUGACUGAAGAGGAGCUGUAACCAUGGUGACCACUCUACUCUGCCACCGGGCUCAGGGCUAGCAUCAAGAUGGAGGAAGACUCUCAUAAUACUACAGUACUCGAAAGAAAGAGGAGAUUUGUGCCAAAAUAGCUAAUUUGGGGAUUUGUAUUUCUCUUUAACUGAUGAAACCUUUUCGAAGCAAUAUUUUGCAUAGUUAAAACUAUAUUUUAACACAUUGUUUUCAAAAUAUCAUAUAAGUAUAUAUAAAAAAAAACUAACCCUGUGAUAGUUACCAUGUUUUCACUUUACACUAUGUUGGUUACUGCAUUUGUUUAUUCCACCAACAGAAGGCCAAUAUUUGAAGGGUUGUCUUUUGCUUGUCUUUCAGUUUGACCCGUUAACACUAUGAGGUGAAUGUCCCUGUCGCUCAUAUACUGGUUAGUGAGCCUGAAAAAAUGUAUUCGAACCACUUGUUCAGGUAGUUUUAAUUUAAAUAUAUUGUUUUACUCACUUCACUAAGCCUUUAUUCGAUCAAGUGGAUUUAAAAUGUGCUUUUGAUUUGAAUCAAAGGGACAACUAUGAUUUACUUUACACUGUAAUCUAUUUUGAAGAAAAAAGGCAGGCAUUAAGAAUCUGGCUUAGAAUAUGUUUUCUCUUCCUGACUUGCUGGCAGCACUUGAAUUAAUUUCCUUGAAUGGCUUCAGCUCUUGAUUUGAACCUUUUAUGUAUUUACAUGCAGUAUAUCAUUGAGCAGUAUUUGUAACUCUAUGAACUAUUGUAUCAAACCACAUAAAUGGAUGGAAAGAUGAAAUGUGUUUGUUCAAUGACUGUCUUCCAAUCAUGCACUGGUUUGAGCUUUGGUAAAAAGUGUCACUAAUGACUAACAGUAGAUAUGUGGUGGUUGUACAUCUAUACUGUUAACAGUAUUUAUUUCUAAAUAAAUCCUCCAAAGUAACUUUUGAAACUAAGGAGGAUGUAGGAUUUCCCAACAAGUCUUCUGACAACAGGAGUCUAAUUAAAAUGUCUGAAACCCUGUUAUGCCUUUUUAAAGUCACACUAUUAUUCUGUACAAUACGACACAUAUUUAUAACUUCAUUAGUGCCAUGAACAAAUCCGUUUUGCACUGUCGGUAGAGAUACAAUUUAAAAUCUGUUCACUUUGAAUUUAUUUUUUGAUUCAGUUUAACCCCAUGUUAUGUAUAUAUACUUUUGAGAUACUCUGUAAAAUAGUUUGUAUGUGUAUUCUUUUUUAUGGGACUGCACUUAAACCUGCUUAUUUAUAUAUAUACAAAUGUUAAUAUAUUAGAUUUGUAAAUGUAAUGAUGAUUUCCCAUCUAUUUUUCAUUA